UGGCUGGAAGCAGUCCCCGGAUGUGACGCAGGAGAAGCCCACGUGUGCGAUUCCAUCGGACAUGGCGGCGCUCCUGAGGAGAUUGCUGCAGCGCGGGAGGCCCUUAGCGGCCUCUGGCCGCCGCGUAGGACGGCGCGAGGCCAGACUGGGCACUGGUCCCGGGGUUGCGGUGCGAGUGCGGUUCGCUCCCAGCCCCACAGGCUUCUUGCACCUGGGUGGCCUCCGCACUGCCCUGUACAACUACAUCUUUGCUAAGAAGUACCAGGGGAGCUUCAUCCUGAGGCUGGAGGACACAGAUCAGACUCGCUUUGUGCCUGGGGCAGCGGAGAAUAUUGAGGACAUGCUGGAGUGGGCAGGCAUCCCCCCUGAUGAGAGCCCCCGCCGGGGUGGUCCUGCUGGGCCCUAUCAGCAAUCUCAGCGAUUGGAACUGUACGCCCAGGCCACAGAGGCGCUGCUGAAGACCGGAGCUGCUUAUCCCUGUUUCUGCUCACCCCAGCGACUGGAGCUCCUGAAGAAGGAGGCCUUGCGGAACCACCAGAUGCCCCGGUAUGACAAUAGGUGCCGGAACAUGAGCCAGGAGCAGGUGGCCCAGAAGCUGGCCAAGGACCCCAAGCCUGCGAUCCGCUUCCGCCUGGAGCAGGCAGCGCCAGCCUUUGAGGACCUGGUGUAUGGCUGGAAUAGGCAUGAUGUGGCCAGCGUGGAGGGAGACCCAGUCAUCAUGAAGAGCGACGGCUUCCCCACAUACCACCUGGCCUGCGUGGUGGACGACCACCACAUGGGCAUCAGCCACGUGCUGCGAGGCUCCGAGUGGCUCGUCUCCACUGCCAAGCACCUGCUUCUCUACCAGGCCCUGGGCUGGCACCCACCCCACUUCGCCCACCUGCCCCUGCUCCUCAACAGGGAUGGCAGCAAGCUCUCCAAGAGGCAAGGGGACAUUUUCCUGGAGCACUUUGCUGCUGAAGGCUUCCUGCCCGAUUCCUUGUUGGACAUCAUCACCAACUGUGGCUCAGGUUUUGCAGAGAACCAAAUGGGCAGGACCCUGCCGGAACUGAUCACGCAGUUCAACCUGACCCGGGUCACCUGUCACUCAGCCCUGCUGGACCUGGAGAAGCUCCCAGAAUUCAAUAGGCUGCACCUCCAGCGGCUGGUGAACAAUGAGAGCCAGAGGUGCCAGCUGGUGGAGAAGCUGCAGGCCCUUGUGGAGGAGGCCUUUGGGAGCCAACUGCAAAAUAGGGAUGUCCUCAACCCAAUCUACAUGGAGAGGAUCCUCCUGCUGAGACAGGGUCACAUUUGCCGCCUGCAGGACUUGGUGUCCCCAGUGUACUCUUAUCUGUGGACUCGCCCUUCAGUGGGUCGAGCACAGCUGGACGCCAUCUCGGAGGAGGUGGAUGUGAUUGCCAAGCGUGUGCUGGGGCUUCUAGAAAGAUCUGGUAUGAGCUUAACUCAGGAUAUGCUGAGUGGAGAACUGAAGAAGCUAUCAGAAGGUCUGGAAGGCACCAAGCACAGUAAUGUGAUGAAACUCCUCCGGGUGGCCCUCAGUGGACAGCAGCAAGGACCUCCUGUAGCUGAGAUGAUGUUGUCCUUGGGACCAAAGGAAGUGCGGGAACGGAUCCAGAAGGUGGUUUCCAGCUAGGGAGAGGAUGUGUCGGGCAAUGGAGAUCGCCCUGAGAACCUGUGAGCUUAGAAACAGCUUUCAGAGACCAGAAGGAGGACUGGGGCCUGUUGGGAAGUUUGCCGAAGGAACUAAGAGUGGAAACAAUUUCUGGCUGCACACAAGUGCAUUUAUGGAUCCACCACCGGCCCGUCCUUGUCAGCUGGCUGGGGAAGCCCAACCCAUCUAACCUCCUUGACUCUGGAAAGGCAUUCUCUGGGUCUGGUUUCUCACACAUUACACAGCAGAGGUUUGGAGUUAGUUCAUAGAAAAGCUAACAUCCCGGAACAAUGCAGAAGCCCUGGGUUUCAGUUUGCUGGGGUCCCCAUAACAAAAUGCCACAGAACCAGGUGGUUUAAACAACGGGGAUUUAUUUUCUUAUAUUUCCGGAGGCUAGAGGUUCAAGAUCAAGGUGGCAGGCCUGGUUUUUCCUGAAGGCCUCUUUUCUUGACUUGCAGACAGCUGUCUUCUCACUGUGUCCUUGUGCGGUCUUCCCUCCAUGCAUACACAUCUCUGGUUUCAUUAUGUGCCCAACGUUCCUCUUCUAAGAAUACCAGUUGCACUGGAUUUUAACUUUAACCAACCUCAUUUUAACUUAAUCACUUCUUUAAAUGCUCAUUCUCCAAGUAAAGUCUCAUUCUGAGGUGCUGGGGGUUUCUCAACGUAAGAAUUUAGAGGGACACAAUUCAGCCUAUAGAAGCUGGGCAGUGGGACUCAUGGGUCCCAGUUCUCAGGCCCCAAGGACUCAGAGCAGUAAAGGAUAUGUGACACAAGCAGGGCUGAACUGGAUGCCAGCCUUUCUUUGGGGUUGUAAAAGGAGAAGUGACUCCACUGCCAAGGGUAAGCGCUCUUGUCUUAUGCUACCCUUUAUUCUUGAGCCUUGGGGCAGCCUGUGUCUCCCUUCCCUAAACGUCAUAUGUUCCGUUUUUCCAGUCUUCCAGACCUGGUCCUUGGACUGGAGAUCUCCACCCUGCCUAUUUUGUGGCUUUCUCUUCAAAUCCACCUCUUCCUUCCUCCAUGACUUAUAAGUCGUCAUCUCUGCUGGUUUCUGAAAUGAGAUAUGCUUCUUGGGGUCUUCAGUGAAGAGGAGUAGCAAGUGAAAGGAGGAUGGUGGCGGGGUAGACAAACCCCUACAAGGCUUCUAGGCUUCCCCUGCAUGGUAGCCAGCCUCUAAGUUGGCCCCCAAGCAUCCCUGCCUUUUUCUAUUCACAUCCUUGUGUGGUUCCCUCCCCCAUUGAAUAGGCCUGACUUGUGUAACCGCUACACUAUUGAAGAAAUGGAGAGUUUGGCUUCUGAGGGUAAGUUGUGAAAUACAUCAUGCCUUCUGUCUUGUUCUCUUUGAUUGCUUACUUUGGGGGAAGUCAGCUUCCAGGUCAUGAAAAUACUUAAGCAGCCUUAUGGGGUGCUCCACAUGACAAGGGAUCGAGCCUCCCACCAACAGCCAUGGAAGUGCGCCAUCUUGGAAUCCGGUCCUCCAAUUCCAGCCAAGCAGCCACAUGACUGCAGUCCUGGCUGAUCUCGUUUGUGACUCCGAGCCAGAACAACUCAGAGAAGCUGCCCUGGAAUUUUCAGACACACAUGAACUGUGAGAUAGUGAAUGUUUAUUGUUUAAAGCUACUUGGUUUGGGGAUAAUUUGCGCUCCAGCAGUAGACAAUUAAUAUAUUUAUUUUGUCCAGGGGAGUGGAAAGGCGAUUACAGAGUUUGUUGAGCCCCAUAGAGUCCUAGUCUUUGCUUAAAGAAUAUACCAGUUCUUUCUGAUA